AAACACAGGACGCGGUGCAGACUUAAUCCCAGAGACAUCGAUCUGUGCGAGAACCUCUUGUUUUCAGUGUGAAGUGAUGGCAGCAGAGCUGAAGUCCGUGCUGAGGCUGCUGCUGCUGGCCGUGGUGUGGGAGCUGAGGGCGCACGGAGAGCACAACCAAGUCAACCCAGAGUCAUGGCUGCAGCAGUAUGGUUACCUGCCCCCAGGGGACCUGAGGACCCACACCCUUCGCUCCCCUCACUCCGUSUCUUCAGCCAUUGCCACAAUGCAGAGGUUCUACGGCCUCACAAUCACAGGGACCUUCGAUGACGACACCGUCGAGGCCAUGAAGAAACCACGCUGUGGAGUGCCAGAUAAGUUUGGAGCUGAGCUGAAGAGCAACCUGAGGAAAAAGCGCUAUGCUGUCCAUAACCUAAAGUGGCAAAAGAAGGAAAUCACUUUCUCCAUACAGAACUACACCCCCAAGGUGGGCGAGCACGAGACCCACGAGGCCAUCAGGAAGGCCUUCAAGGUGUGGGAGAGCGUCACUCCGCUCCGUUUCCGGGAGAUUCCCUACAGCUACAUACGAGACAAGGUGGAGGAGUUUGCAGACAUCAUGAUCUUCUUUGCGGAGGGUUUUCACGGUGAUAGCAGCCCGUUCGAUGGUGAGGGGGGCUUCCUGGCACACGCCUACUUUCCCGGCAACGGCAUUGGCGGAGACACCCACUUUGAUGCAGCCGAGCCCUGGACAGUUGGAAACCAAGACCUGCACGGUAAUGAUGUCUUCCUUGUGGCGGUGCAUGAACUGGGUCAUGCUCUUGGUCUCGAGCACUCCAGUGACCCUUCAGCCAUCAUGGCUCCCUUCUACCAGUGGAUGGACACGGAGAACUUUCAGCUUCCCGAUGAUGACCGCAGAGGCAUACAGCAAAUUUACGGGUCUGGUUCAGAUCUCCCACUCCCUCCUGUAACGCCACGCACACCUGACCACAACCCUCAACCCACUAACAAGCCUCACUUUGGCCCCGACAUCUGUGACGGUCACUUCGACACUAUCGGCAUCUUCAGAGGGGAAAUGUUUGUGUUCAAGGAUAAAUGGUUCUGGCGAGUACGUAACAGCCGUGUGUUGGAUGGYUACCCCAUGCCGAUUGGACACUUUUGGAGAGGACUGCCCACUCAUAUUAAUGCUGCAUUUGAGAACGAAGAAGGAAAAUUUGUUUUCUUUAAAGGGGACAGGUACUGGGUCUUCAGUGAAUCUAUUUUGGAGUCUGGUUUCCCCAAGAACCUUAAAGAAAUGGGCACUGGGGUUCCCAAAGAUCGAAUAGAUGCUGCCCUCUACUACACCCUCAACGGAAAGACGUUUUUCUUCCGAGCUGACAAGUAUUAUAGUUUCAUUGAAGAAUCACGAAGAGUUGAUGAUGGUUACCCAAAAUCUAUUAGUGUCUGGCAGGGUGUACCUGAAAACGUCAAGGCAGCCUUUAUGAGCAAAGAUCAAGCGUACACCUACUUCUACAAAGCCAACAAAUACUGGAAGUUUGACAACCAGAGGAUGCGUGUGGAGCCUGGGUAUCCCAAAUCAGCCCUCCGUGACUGGAUGGGCUGCCCUAACGAAGACCCCAAGACCGAUGGAGGAAAAGGAGGCGGCAGACACGACAAGGACAAGGAGAGGGAAAAGGACAAGAACAAGGACAAGGAGAGCAACGAUACUGACCAAACUACAGACGAAGAAUGGGACAYAGAGAAGGAGACAAAGACAGAAGACGUGGACGUGACCAUUAUCGAGACGAAUCAGGGAAGCGGUUCGGUCGCCGUGGUUGUGCCGCUGUUUUUGCUAGUGUGUGUGAUUGCCACUUUAGCGGCCUUGGUGUUCUUCCGCCUGUACGGUACCCCACGCCGAAUCUUGUACUUCCAAAGAUCGCUUCUGGACAAGGUGUAGACGGAGGGACGGAGGAGAAAGACAGGGAGAGAAAGAGAAGAAAGUGGGAGGAAACGAUGAGCGCAGAUAGCCGAGCAGGAGAGAAAACGCAGAAGUGUGAGACUUCCUCCGAAAACUAUUCUUACCACUGCCAGAUUUAAUCGACUGUAUUUCUCAACCACUCAGUCCUUCAGAUAUUUCUUCUUCCUUUGACUCCGCCCUCUCCCCCUCUCCGGUGGUAACUGACGCCAGCUCCUCGCUGUUUGUUUUAGCCUUUUUCAGUGUUUCGUUCUUAGUUGUUUAUUAUGGUCAACCUUUGAGUUCUCGUGAAUUUCCAAAUCAAACCAGCAUUUCCACAACUUUUUUACGUGAGCUAAAAGUGCCCACCCACGCACCGCUCGUCCUCUUCUUAACAGGAACAAACUCACAAACACAUCCUCCUGAAAAACACAGUGACACAGCUACCGUGUUUCCAGUAAACCAACAUACUGGAGCCAGUUUGGACCAUAAAAGGAAAUUCAAGUGUUUGCUGACAUUUGUGGGAAGUUUGAGAUUAACUCAUAUCAGAGAAAAGCAAUAAAAACACAUUUUUGCCCCUUUUUUCUCUCAAAUUUUUGUCUAUGAUUAUUAUUAUGAAUGCUGUCGUCAUUAGCAUUAUGACUGUUACUAUUAUUGUUGUUGUUCUCUGAGUAAAGAAUGUUAAUGUAUAUUGUCAUUAAAAAGUCCUGCUGGACAGAGACACACACUUUUGAAAAUGGCCUUAAUUUUAUAUAUGUGGGGACAGUGAAUGGGGAAAAGGGGUUAUGUAUUGAAACUUGAUUGUUUUUUUAUACCUUGAAUCAAUUUCAAAUGAAAAAUAAAUUGAAGAUCUAAGAAAAUGACUUCUUUUUGUCAUUCUAUUUACUUUUGUACUUGAUUUUUUUGAAACUAUGGUGCUGCAUUGCUAGCCAGGAGCUUUAGUUCAACAACGAUAAUAAUACUAGUGAUGAUGACAAUAAUGACAACAUUUUGGUUUUCUUAACAAAAAUGUGUGUACUUUCUUUUUCUUACAAGAAUAAAGCACGUUUCAAAAGGUU